AUGGUCAUUCUCAGCGACGACGAGGACGUUGAUAUCAGUUCACUUCUGAGUUCUCGAUCCUCAGUUCCAAGCGUUUUUGAUGAUCCAAAGACGACAAUCAAUGUAAAGUCGACUGGAUUGCUCAAGACGACUCUCACGAUCAAACGCAAUGAUGACACUGCCGAUGCCAAAGCCGCCAAUAGCAUAAUCUCUAAGCCCGCAGUCUCAGUACAGCCAGUACCGAAACCGAUAUUACCAGUAUCAAGGCCUGCCGCUGAACCAGUUGUCUCAAACUCAACCUCUAUAGCAAUCUCAAAACCCAAGUCUAAAAAACCAUCAAAGUUAAGCGCCACAGAUUCUUCUAAAAUAUCGACAAAGGAGGCUCUGAGAAAGGCCUCAAAGAAAAGAAUCGCAAAACUCGUUAAGAAACUUGACUCUAACAAAUCAUUACUGAGUGACCCCAUUCACCGGAAAAAGUAUCCAUCUUCUCUUCUUGAUCGUCUACUAAGUUCUGAUAAGAAAGCUUUAUCUCAACCUAGUACUUCAACUUCAGGACAAGCCACUUCAACUGCGAUAAAUAAGAGAAUAGCUUCAAAUGCAAAGAUCACAGAAAAACCUCUAACCACGACAGCGAUUUCGGCUGAAAACCAAAGAACUUACAGCAGGAAAUGUGUUGCUAAGAAAACGCCGACCACCCCUACACCUACACCUACCCCUACCCCUACCCCUACACCCACACCAACGCCAAGUCCCCAACAAAGAGCAACCAAAAGCCAUUCCAGUUCUCAUCAUGUGAGAAAACGCUUCAAAAAGCCAGAUAACCUUUUGAAGCAGUGCCUUACAAAGUCAAUUAAAGUUCAGGGCCAAAAUGGGCCUGCAAAAGUGCUCAACAUGCAGCACAAGGCGCACAGUUCCAGNCAACGCCAAGUCUCCAACAAAGAGCAACCAAAAGUCAUUCCAGUUCUCAUCAUGUGA